AUGGCGGCGUACGCACCUCGCAGAUCCACUGGACCUAUCCUUGGAUCCACCUCCAAUUCCGGCAGGCUCAACCGCCACUACUCCACCACAGACCUUUACAACCGGUCCAUCUCCAUGACCAGCCGAGUCGAUAAAAAACCGGCCGCCGGUCCGAAGCGCGCGUGCAUGUGCUCUCCAACGAACCACCCUGGUUCGUUCCGGUGCAGCCUGCACAAAUCACUCACGACUAAACCCCAAACGCCGCCUUGCGGGAGCUCCGGCAGGCUCAAUAUGAGGCGCUCCGCCAUGAAGAAUUCUCUCGUCCGGAUCGGCGCCGUCAAAGGAGAAUGGGUUAGGAGAGCGCUCGCCGCUUUGAUUCGGCCGUCGUCUCAUCAGCAGCGCCGCCGCACCGAGUUCAGGCGCCGCCCCACCCGUCUAUCCGUCGUGUCCUAG